AUGUGGGUCACGGGACUGGACGAGAAGUCAGCGGACUCACUCUGGCUUAUGGAUGUCUGCUAUACUUGGACCACAAAACACGCGGAGCUCCGAGUAGACCUGCGACCCACCAAAACCCAAAACGAUUCGCUCGGCUCUGCGCGGGAAACUCCAAAUCCCACAAGAGAAGAGCUCUUGCAGCUGAUCCAAGGAUGUUCUGCAGCUCUAUGGUACGGUCACAUCAAGGUGGAUCGGGAGAUGAUAAAUGCAGCAGGUGACUCCCUUAAGAUCGUAGCACACUCCGGAGCCGGAUACGACCACAUCGAUGUCAAUUAUUUAAAAGAGAAAGGGAUCAUAUGCACCAAUGCUGCCAACGUCCUCGGGGAGACUCUGAGCACCAUGAAGAACACCAGCAUCCUCAUCAACACAUCACGGGGAGAAGUGGUAAACCAAGAUGACUUGAUAGAGGCACUGCAGAAGAACAUCAUCUAUGGUGCAGGUCUAGAUGUAAUGUAUCCAGAACCCUUACCUCAAGAUCACAUCCUCACCAAAACUACCAACUUGUGCGCUGACGCCUCACAUUGGGAGCAGAACUUUUGGAGAAUCGGAAAGCGAUGUACAUUCUGGCGGCGCAGAACAUCUAUAAUGCUCUGACAGGUCAACCUGUCCUCACCCCUGUCGUUUGACGUGGACGUCCUAAUAGAAAUAGCGGAAAACAGAAUCGCAACAAAAAUUAAUUAUUGAAGACUCAUUUAACAACUAUCAGAUACACAAACUUAAGACACUUUUUAGCAAUCCAAAAAGUAUAAGCAAACGGUUGAAAAUUAUGAAAACUGAUCCAUAGCGUUUUGUCAGUUGAAUGCUGAAUCUAAAACUGAUAAUUUAUAAACGUACAGGGUAUGUAUAGUGAGAUGGGCUGGGUUGGUUGAGUAUGGACAAAGAUCUACCGCAGUCAACAUGUUAAAAUAUUAUUUACUCAGUUUUGGACGGGCUAAAGUUUUUUUAACUUAGCUAUGUAUAUAUCAACAUACUAUUUUUUCAAAUACUGUUUGGCUAUUAAACAUAAUUUGUUAAAUAUUUUUUAAAAAUAUAAUAGAAACAAUUCUGUAAAUUAACAUAGCAAAAUUACAAAUUUAUCCAUCCAUUCCUUUAUUAUGUUUAUUUAAAAUAAAUAUUAAUUGAUCUUUUUUGUAUUUAUAAAACCUGUUCAAUAAUUAAACCUGCUAAAACUAUUGCUGCAUUAAU